AUGUCAAGAAUCAAUCAGAUUCUGAAUCGACUGAAACAACUGAGAUUAUAUUACAUUUUGACAUCUGUGCGUUGGAGUAGAUUACGUUGGUACAUUAUACUUCUCACCACCUUCGCGAUCCUCAACUAUCUUCAUCCACUUCGUACAUUAUCGUCAGGAAAAAUUCCUAAUUCAUGGCAGACAUCACACUAUUCCCAAUAUAUAAACUCAUUUUUUCUUGUAGCUAAACCUACUACCACCACUAAACAUCCAGACAUCAUCGUAGAUAUGCAUAAACGCAAGCCGAUAUACAAAAUUGUUAUCCGGCCGGAGGAUAAGCCAUUUAUAAAAAAUGAACGAGCUGAAGCCAUAUUAUUAGAAAGAAUACGUUUACAAGAAACAUGCCGACAGGAUCCAUCAACAAUUGUUGUCGAUGUUGGUGCUGGUCUCGGUACAUUUGGCCUUUACGCAGCAGCAUGCGGUUGCACGGUGUAUAUGUUUGAUGCUCAAUAUGAUAUGAUCAAACUCAUUCGUUCAUCUAUUAUACAUAAUAAGUUUCCAGCAGAUCGAGUUCACGUUUAUCAUAAUGUUGUUAACAAUCUAGCGUCGCAUACGAAUGUUAGUUAUCCACCUGGUGAUGGUUCAUCAGUAGUUACUGACAAUUCUGUAAGUGUUGAAACGAUUCGGUUGGAUGAUGUUCAAUGGUCAUCGAAAUCUAUUUUUAUACUGAAAAUCGAUACGGAAGGGUCUGAAAUACAAGUCCUUCGUUCGGCAAAGAAAUUAUUCUCACAGAAGCGCAUACGACACCUACUUUGUAGCUAUUCACCAUGGUUAACGGAAGAAAAAUUACUGAAAUCACUCUUGCCGCAUGUUAUUAAAGACGAUUUGAAAGCCAAGUUUGUUUUUGCACUUUAUCCCUCUAAUGAUAAUGUCUUUGGACCAUUACGACCAAAAGAACUGGAGAAUUACUACAAUCAACAGUUGAAAUGGAAUAUUCUGUCGGAAAUCUACGCUGUCUUCGACGACAAAACGCCCCAAUUGAUGAUCAAAGCAAAACGUUAUAAUUUAUUCAGACCUAAAGCAUAA